AUGCUUAAGAAAGAUUUCAAAUUCCAUUUGAGCAAUGAUGGCUUCAAAUCCAAAAUGAAAAAUGAUGGCAAAGGUUUACAAGCUGCUAAACACAAGCGUCAUGAAGCAUUGGAAAUGGAACUGUAUGGAGCCACCUUUCAGCUAAUGGUGCUAUCGCAGAUAUUUCUCUGUGCUCCCACGGGUGUGCAUAAACCUAAACAAAGCGAAAAUCGCGCCCACAGACUCUGGUAUUAUCUGCAUCUUGCGUGGAGUGUUCUGCUUUAUUUGGGUCUGGUGGGAUGCAUUUACGAUGAGUACACCUCUUCGAAUACCGAUUUACCCACAGUCCAGAAGCCUCUGUAUUUCAGUGAAUAUCUCUUUUACCUCAUCCAUUUGUUGGAGAUUCUUUUGAGGAUUCAUUUGGGUCGCAAUAAAUUUUGGACAUUUUAUGAUUUUCUACUUAGUUUUGAUGGAAAAUUAAUGGAUCUCCAGUUAACCACUAAUUACAACAGUCUAAGACGUUUCAUUCGUUUCCAAUUGCUACUCAAUGUGGGCCACUUCACAAGCACCCUGAUUGUGGGCUACUUCUAUAGCACCGGAAUAUGGUGGAAUUUCUUUCGCACCAGCACAGUUUACAUACUGCCCAAUGUCAUCAUUCAAAUCUCCUUGAUACACUAUUACGCCCUGCUAUUUGUCAUCGCCGAGUGUUUUGAACAUUUAUAUGGCCUCUUGGAUAAACUUUUACUCCGUUCCAAAAUCUUGGACAUUUCGACAUUUCGUGGGCAACUACAUAGGUUGCGUUCUCUUUAUGCAGAAUUGGAACAAUUCACCCGCGAUGUAAAUGACGCAUUUUCCUAUUCCAUUGUCCUGGUCUAUGUGGCCUCUUUCAUCAACAUAACCUUGAAUUUAUUCCUACUCUACAAGUUCUUCAGCGACUGGAAUAAUUCAGCUUGGGCAUGGAUAUUCUAUUCGGCCAUAUGGACUUCUAUGCACAUUGGGAAAAUGUUUUUAAUCCUGUACUACAAUGAAAAUGUUCAAAAUAUGGAUGGCGAUUGCCCUCUGACACUUCCAUUCAUUGAAUACAAUAUUCCCCACAUCACAGUUUAG